GGGCGGGGCGCGUGCCUGGGUGACGCAGGCGCAGUGCGACUUCGGAGGCGCUGGUCGUCCCUCCGCGGGUUUGGAUCCGGGUCAGUCAGGCGCUGUGAUCGUGGAGAGCCGUUCUAAACUGACCGAACUGGCUUACCGGAGCGUCCCUGCUGUGAGCAGUAUUAACCGGAACAUCCAUAGUAGUGUAAAAAGUUUCACAAUGAAAUCGGAAGCCAAGGAUGGAGAGGAGGAGAGUCUACAAACUGCUUUCAAGAAACUAAGAGUGGAUGCAUCAGGGUCCAUAGUAUCUCUGUCUGUUGGAGAAGGCACAAGUGUCAGAGCGUCAGUCAGAGCAGCAGCAGAGGAUACCAAACCUAAGACCGCAUGUGCAUCUAAAGACAGUUGGCAUGGGUCUACAAGGAAAUCUUCACGAGGAGCAGUGAGAACCCAGCGUCGCCGCCGUUCCAAGUCUCCUGUCCUUCAUCCUCCAAAGUUCAUACAUUGCAGUACAAUAGCUUCUUCCAGCAGCCAGCUCAAGCACAAAAGCCAGACUGACUCCCCUGAUGGCAGCAGUGGGCUGGGAAUUUCAACCCCUAAAGAGUUCAAUGCAGGAGAAUGCUCAUCUUCUCUCGAUACUAAUCACACAGGGGCGGUUGCUGAGCCUUUGAGAACUUCGGUUCCAAGGCUCCCAUCAGAGAGUAAGGAGGAAGAUUCCUCUGAUGCUCCCCAAGUCUCCCAAGCAAGUCUCCAGGCCAGUGAUCUCUCUGACUUUCAAUCGGUCUCCAAGCUAAACCUGGGCAAGCCAUGUGCAUGCAUAGGCAAGGAGUGCCAGUGUAAGAGGUGGCAUGACAUGGAGGUAUAUUCCUUUUCAGGCCUGCAGAAUGUCCCUCCCUUGGCCCCAGAACGAAGAUCCACACUUGAGGACUACUCUCAGUCGCUUCACACGAGAACUCUGUCUGGCUCUCCCCGUUCCUGUUCUGAGCAGGCUCGCGUCUACGUGGAUGACGUGACCAUUGAGGACCUGUCGGGCUACAUGGAAUAUUACUUGUAUAUCCCCAAGAAAAUGUCCCACAUGGCAGAAAUGAUGUACACCUGAGAGCAAGAAGCUCCUUGCUAUGCUUUAACCAAUGAAGGGUUGUCAGAGAGUUAGUUAACAGCAGACCUUGCAGCUACUUUGUGUGAGAAGACAUCUCCUUCUGCUCACUGUGCUUGCAAUAAAAACUUUUCUUGGCAUCUCAGUCAGUUAAUGUUCGUUCUUUAAACUUAACUUUCUGAGUUCUUACAUACCCACCAAGGUGAGCAGAUCAUUUAGAAAUGUCCCUGGGGGAUGAACAAAUGGUCAUUGCUUGACUGGUAGGAGCGGGUUUAUGGUGAAAGCCUUUGAAAAAACUGCAUUUUUCAGAUGUGUGUUAAGAUUUGGGUGCCAAGGAAGAUGAAAUGUGGUUUUAUAACUGGACCGAACGUUUGUCAUGCUGUAGUUGCCAGCCCAGCGGUAUUGGAAGUUACAUGACAGGUUUAAACCAUCUCUGAUUUACGUAAGAUUUAUUGUGUCUUUAAAGGUUUGCUAUGUUACUGUUAAGCCAGAGAUCUAAGGUUUAGAUUCAAUAUAAAUAAACUGGCUGGCCUGC